CUAUUCUUUUUUUUUUGUACUCGCGCACUAAAUCAAAAACACAAAAUAUCUUUCCCUCUCUGAACAUCUUCCCACCAAAGUAGCCCUUUCGUUACACUUGAUGGAUCACUCAUCUUCUUCGGAAUCACAUCUUGAUGACUACAGGAGAAGGUCUCAGGCCAAGGCCAAGGCCACGGCGAGAGCUGUGAAUAAUAAUAAAACUAUCAAGAAGAAAAGAGUCAAAGAAGAAGAUGUUGAUGAUGAAAAGAUUAAUGUUUCAAAGCAUCAAAGUUUUAGAGGGGUGAGAAUGAGGCAAUGGGGAAAAUGGGUCUCGGAGAUCAGAGAGCCAAAGAAGAAAUCAAGAAUCUGGCUCGGUACCUUCCCCACGGCGGAGAUGGCUGCUCGUGCUCACGACGUGGCGGCUUUAGCCAUAAAAGGUGACUCUGCUCAUCUCAACUUCCCGGAGCUAGCCUACCACCUCCCUAGACCGGCUAGUGCCGAUCCUAAAGACAUCCAAGCAGCCGCAGCGGAGGCUGCAGCUUCAGUAGUCAUUGAUAUGGGCAUAGAGACGUCGUCACCUUCUACCGGAGCCACGGAACUGUCGCCUCCUGCUGUGGCCUCAACAGCCGAUGACGCGUUCUCCGACCUCCCGGACCUCUUGCUCGACGUGAACCACAAAAACGAUGGCUUUUGGGAGUCAUUCCCGUACGAGGAACCCUUCUUCUCGGGAAGUUACUAGAAAACAAAGACGGUGUGAUCUUUGUUUCGCUUUUUUUGUCAUGUGAAAACUUUUUGAGGUGAAAAAUCACCUGCUUAUUCAAAUUGUAUAAUUAUUUGUUUUUUUCUUUUCUCUUUUUAUUUCUUUUUUCGUAAAACUUUUA